UCUUUAACUUGAAAAGUAGGCAAAGUGUAAUCUAUCAGCACACACAGCGAGACGGGCUGCUUUUCAAACACACACACACACACACACACACACACACACGCUUGUUUUGGAAAAGCACGUGGCAAAACUCACUCAGUAAGAAAACCGGGGAGAGGGAGCCGCGAGCGCGCGCAGAAACUUUUCUCCGUCUUUCUCCCUCUUUCUCUUUCUUCCUCUCUGUCUGUUUAACGCUGCAGUCUGGGCUGCCCGAACUCGCUCAGUCGGCCAGUCGGUGCCACCCGAAACGGGGCGCGCGCACGCGCACGCACACGCAAAUUCACACGGCUCCUCGGGCGAAGCUGCGAUGACCCUGUCCGGCGCAGGCGGCGGAGACAUGUCCGGGCACACGACGCUCGCGCCUGACGACGUGGACAUCGACGUGGUCGGAGAGGGCGACGACUGCGACUGCGAUGACAGCAUCGGCGUCGGCAGCGGACUGGAGCGCGAAGACAGCGACUGCGAGGGCGCGCGGGCGGCUCGCGACGUGCUCGGAGACGACGAUGAUGAGAUGGAGGACGCGGUCGGGGAGGAGGACGCCGACGUGAAGGAGCGCAGGAACGGCGGUGAGUCCAAAGGUGACGGCGAGGAGGAGAGCGGAGGAGGAGGAAGCGGUGGCGGCUCGUGCGCUCCGGCGCCCUCCUCCAAGCCCAAGAGCGCGCUGGUGAAGCCGCCGUACUCGUACAUCGCGCUCAUCACCAUGGCCAUCCUGCAGAGCCCGCAGAAGAAGCUGACGCUGAGCGGCAUCUGCGAGUUCAUCAGCAACCGCUUCCCGUACUACCGCGAGAAGUUCCCCGCCUGGCAGAACUCCAUUCGCCACAACCUGUCGCUCAACGACUGCUUCGUCAAGAUCCCGCGUGAGCCGGGCAACCCGGGAAAGGGCAACUACUGGACGCUGGACCCGCAGUCCGAGGACAUGUUCGACAACGGCAGCUUCCUGCGCCGCCGCAAGCGCUUCAAGCGCCAGCCGGACGUCCUGCGCGACCAGGCGGCGCUGGUCAUGCACGGCUUCGGCGCCGCGUACGGCCCGUACGCGCGCCCUUACGGCGGCGUGCACCCGGCGGCCGCUGUAGCGUACGCGCACGCGCAGGCGCACGCGCACGCAGCAGCCCUCCAAUACCCUUACGUGACGCCCGCCAUGGGCCAUGUGCUGCCGCCCGCCGUGCCCCUGUUACCCUCCGCGGCCGAGCUGAGCAGGAAGGCGUUCGGGGCGCAGCUGGCGCAGCUCGCGCCCGGGCUCCAGCUGCAGCUGGGCGGCUUGGGCAGCACCGGCACGGGGGUCACGGCGGCCACGACGCCCGCGCCCAUCACACCAGCAAUCAAACGCGAGCCCACGUGCCCGCGACCGUCUUUCACCAUCGAGAACAUCAUCGCCGGGAACAACACCAGCAGCAGCAACACCAGCUGCAGCCCGGCCUUUCUUCGGUCCCCGGUCCUGAGCGCGCCUUCGCUGGCGCUCGCGCGGACGUCGCCGGUGCUCAGCGCGCCCACCACGCUCGUCCCGGGACAGUUUCUGACCGCGGCCAGCUCGGCGGCGCCGUCCAAAUGGGCAUCGCAGUGAAAAAAGACACCAAAAAGACAAAAUGUAGUUUUUUUUUAUACUUGUAAUAUUUAAAGGAGGGAGGGCAGAGACUGUAGCACUGGAGCGGCAGCCGCACUGUAGCCAUGUACAGAGACUGAAAGAGACUGAAAAACAGACACACGUGCGCAGAGUGGAGGGAUGAUGAUUUCAGCACAGGUAAAAUCUGUAAAUAUUUGUAUAAAAGAAAUGAAACGUACUUGUCCCGCUAUUUUUGUUGAAUCUUUUUGUUUUGCUUUAUUUUGUUCUCUUUUUUUUUCAUCUGCUGUUCAGACUUUAAAUGUUAUCAGUUUGGAGUACUUUUAUUUUCCCUAUAUAUAUAUAAAUAUAUAUAUAUAUAUGAUGGAAAAUAUUUGGACAUGAUUGAGAGUGCUGCUCUCCUUAUAGUUUAUUUCCCGUUAUAUAUGUUGACGUUCAUAUAUAUUGGAAAAUAUUGAAACACACGCACAUAUACAUUCAUUUAUUUAUAUGGGCGUGUUUGUAUUUUUUCCUGUUUUUGGAAUCACGAGCCGAUUGUCUUUUCCAUUUGUCUGAUUUGUUUUUACUACAAAAUAUGGAGUGUGCUUGUUCGACGGCUGGACAGGCGGUCUGUUUAUAAGAUCAAAUUCAUAUAUCUGUAUUCUAUGUAGCUAUAUUGUGUUGUAAAUUGAAUACAUUUGUUAAUAAAUAUUAAAAUAAGA